AUCGUUCUACUGCAGGUCAGUCAGAAAGAUCUAAUUCGAGUUUAUUUAACCAAAUCAUCUGGGUUGAUUGCAUACGGAGUUGAAGAAACUGCAAGUUCUUGAACCGGUUCUGAACAAUGGAGACUGAACCAGCAAAAACGCUACAGAAAAGGCAAGUUAUCUUUCUUGCUAUAUUGUUGCUUUUGUGGGAGGCUGGCUCUGAAGCAGUUAGGUAUUCUAUGCCAGAAGAAACAGAAAGUGGGUCUUUUGUGGCCACCCUGGCAAAAGACCUGGGGCUCAGGGUUGGGGAACUGGCCACUCGGGGAGCGCGAAUCCAUUACAAAGGAAAUAAACAGCUCUUGCAGCUGGAUGUAACGACCGGGAAUUUGCUUCUAUAUGAAAAACUAGACCGGGAGGUGCUGUGUGGGGCGACAGAUCCCUGCAUACUGCAUUUCCAACUAUUACUGGAAAACCCGGUGCAGUUUUUUCAAGCGGAUCUGCAGCUCACAGAUAUAAAUGACCAUUCCCCAGAGUUCCUCGAGAGGGAGAUGCUCCUAAAAAUCCCAGAAAACGUCCAGACAGGGACUGUGUUUCCUUUGAAAAUAGCUCAGGACUUUGACAUAGGUAGCAACACUAUUCAGAAUUACACAAUCAGCCCCAACUCCCAUUUUCAUGUUGUCACUCAUAAUCGCGGAGAUGGCAGAAAAUACCCAGAGCUGGUGCUGGACAAACCGCUAGAUCGGGAGGAAGGGCCUGAGCUCAGUUUAACCCUCACGGCGCUGGAUAGUGGGGAUCCGCCCAGGUCCGGGACCACUGCAGUCCGCAUUGAAGUCGUGGACAUCAAUGACAACGCCCCUGAGUUUUUACAGUCGGUCUAUGAGGUACAGAUUCCGGAGAACAGCCCCCUAAACUCCUUAGUUGUCGCUGUCUCCGCCCGAGAUUUAGAUGCAGGAACGAAUGGGAAUGUAGCCUACGCUCUAUUCCAAGGUGAAGUUACUCAACCAUUUGUAAUAGACGAAAUAACAGGAGAAAUUCGUCUGAAAAGGGCAUUGGAUUUCGAGGCAACUCGAUAUUAUAACGUGGAGAUUGCAGCCACAGACGGCGGGGGCCUUUCAGGAAAAUGCACUGUAGUUAUAGACGUGAUGGAUGUGAACGACAACGUCCCUGAACUGACCAUGUCGACGCUCACCAGCUCUACCCCAGAAAACUCCCCAGAGACUGUGGUGGCCGUUUUCAGUGUUUCUGAUCCAGAUUCCGGGGACAAUGGUAGGAUGGUUUGCUCCAUCCAGAAUGAUCUCCCCUUUCUUUUGAAAUCCACAUUCAAAAACUUUUACACCCUAGUGACCGAGAGGCCACUGGACAGAGAGAGCAGAGCGGAAUACAACGUCACCAUCACCGUCACAGAUAUGGGGAUACCGAGACUGAAAUCCCAACACAACAUAACCGUGCUGGUGUCCGACGUCAACGACAACGCCCCCGCCUUCACCCAGACCUCCUACACCCUGUCCGUCCGCGAGAACAACAGCCCCGCCCUGCACAUCGGCAGCGUCCGCGCCACAGACAGAGACGCGGGCGCCAACGCCCAGGUCACCUACUCGCUGCUGCCACCCCUCGACGCGCACGUGCCCCUGGCCUCCCUGGUGUCCAUCAACCCGGACAACGGCCACCUGUUCGCCCUGAGGUCCCUGGACUACGAGGCCCUGCGGGCGUUCGAGUUCCGCGUGGGCGCCGCCGACCGCGGCUCGCCCGCGCUCAGCAGCCAGGCGCUGGUGCGCGUGCUCGUGACGGACGACAACGACAACGCGCCCUUCGUGCUGUACCCGCUGCAGAACGCCUCGGCGCCCUGCACCGAGCUGGUGCCCAGGGCGGCCGAGGCGGGUUACCUGGUGACCAAGGUGGUGGCGGUGGACGGCGACUCGGGCCAGAACGCCUGGCUGUCGUACCAGCUGCUCAAGGCCACGGAGCCCGGGCUGUUCGGCGUGUGGGCGCACAACGGCGAGGUGCGCACGGCCCGGCUGCUGAGCGAGCGCGACGCGGCCAAGCACAGGCUGGUGGUGCUGGUCAAGGACAACGGCGAGCCGCCGCUGUCGGCCAGCGUCACGCUGCACGUGCUGCUGGUGGACGGCUUCUCGCAGCCCUACCUGCCGGCCCCGGAAGCGGAAGCGGCGGACGCGGCUCCGGCCGCCGCGCUCACCGUCUACCUGGUGGUCGCCUUGGCGUCGGUGUCGUCGCUCUUCCUCUUCUCAGUGCUGGUGUUCGUCGCGGUGCGGCUGUGCAGGAGGGGCGGGGCGGCCUCGGUGGGUCGCUGCUCGGUGCCCGAGGGCCCCUUUCCGGGCCACCUGGUGGACGUCAGCGGCACGGGCACCCUGUCCCACAGCUACCAGUAUGAGGUGUGUCUGAAGGGAGGCCCUGGGUUAAAUGAAUUUAAAUUCUUGAAGCCGAUUCUCCCCAACCUCCCGACUCAGGGCGCUGGUGAAGAAAUAGAAGAAAACACCAACUUCCAGAAUAGCUUUGGACUUAGUUAGGGAUCUCAUCAUUAUGCAAGAUAUUUGUCGUUUAUCUCUAAUUUCCCCAGAUACCGAAUUUGAGCGCGUCAUGGAGAAAAAUUUCAUCUUCAGGUAUAGCCUUGAUUUCCUUUUUGUAAUGAAUUAGUCCAUUUAACUUUACCUUGUCCAAGUUUGGAAAACUAAAUUCUGUUGUCAUUGCAUUUAUUUAUAGUGUGCCAUUCCAAAUCCUUGCAUGCUGUUGAUUUUCCUGAAAUUUUUGCUCCUUCCGAUGGUACUUGUUGCAAUGAACUGUCUUAAUAAAAUAUUUUCUCUAUAUUCAUUCCGUUUCAUCACGCUCUAAGUUAUUUAAUGUUAAAUAGCAAAAAUUUAAAAUGUUUACAU